AUGGCGACGCAGUCAACGAGCAGCGUGGCCCCGUUCAAGCCACGGUUUAUGCCACUGAUGCUUACCGCAACCCUGGCAGCAGGUGUUAUCUCGAGAGCCUCAUCGCUGAGCACCGCUGCCGCCCUUGUUUUGCUGUAUGCCGUGACCAUCCCCAGUUAUGUGGUGUACUGGUCCUGGAUAUACCCUUACUAUGUCUCACCACUUCGCCAUGUGCCUACUGUGCCGGGAAAUCCUCUCUAUGGACAGGUGUUCGAGAUCAUCGAGAACGAAGUGGGAGUCUGCCAGCGUCAGUGGCACAAACAGUACGGACCAAUCGUCCGGUAUUUCUUCCCACUGGGCACUGAGCGCUUGUCCAUUGCCGAUGAUGACGCCUUGAAGCAAAUGACCGUCAAGAAUCCAUACAACUACCCGAAGCCCGUUGGUGCUCGCAAAUGGAUGACUCGUAUUUUAGGCGAAGGCAUUCUCCUAGCCGAAGGUAACGCCCAUGUCCACCAGCGCAAGGCCUUGACCCCAGGCUUCUCCAUCGGCUCAAUCCGCACCCUCGCACCCAUCUUCUGGCGCAAAUCGUUCCUCAUGGCUAGGCUCUGGGACGAAGAAAUCAGUCGAUCCAAGGACAAGAAGACGGGAACUUUUGAAGUUCUGGAAUGGCUCAAUCGGACAACACUCGAUAUCAUUAGUGAAGCCGGCUUCGGUACCGAUGUCAACUCUCUUGAGAACCCUGAAACUCCUUUGCGAGAAGCCUAUCGCAAAGUCUUCGUUUUCGAUUCUUUGUCUCGUUUGAUGCAUGGCCUCCAGACUCUUUUUCCCUUGACCAAGUACAUCCCUGCAAAAAUGAAUCGGGAUAUGGAGGCUUCACGCUGUAUCAUCCUAGGUUCCGCCACCAAGAUUAUCAAGGAGAAGCAAGCAACCGCCAACCCUGCCGACAAAGAUAUCCUCUCUCUAUUGGUUCGCGACAAUCUCAAACUGCAAGCUGCAGGUGAAGCUGGGCUGAGCUUCGAGACGAUGCGUGAUCAGGUCAUGACCUUCCUUGGUGCUGGUCACGAUACGACCGCUACUGGUGUGACAUGGACACUUCACCUUCUCUCAAAGCACCUCGGCAUUCAGUCGAAAUUGCGUGAGGAAAUCCGGACUCACUACCCAUUCCUGUUCGAUCUUGAUACACGUGAGGGUUAUGAUCUUUCCACUAUUGAUCCCGAUCACCUACCUUACCUCGACAAUGUAUGCCGCGAAUCACUCCGCUACAUCCCUCCUAUCCCAAUGACUGUCCGUGAACUCGUCGACGAUGACAAGCUUGGUGACUACGUUGUCCCCAAGGGUACUACUGUCCUGGUUUACUCCAACGCUAUCAACCGUCUACCAGAGUACUGGGGUCCUACCGCAGAUGACUUUGAUCCUGACCGCUGGGACAGCCUCCCCGAAUCAUACACGACAAACGCGUUCAUGACCUUCCUCCAGGGACCCCGUGGCUGUAUUGGGCGCAAAUUCGCCGAAACUGAAAUGAAGAUUCUUCUCUGUGUCUUGCUUAGCCAAUUUACUUUUGCGCGUGAUGAGUCUGUCCAGGAUCCCGAGGAGCUGAAGAUGUGGAGAUUGGUCUUGAGGCCGAGAGAUGGUGUUCAAUUGAAGGUUACCAAAUUAUAG